AAUGCAGGAAUUUAUUAAAACAAUUAGCACUUAUUUUGACUAGUCGGCAUGCUGUUAUAGGGCUCAUCUGCAAAUUAGGCUAUCGUGAUGAACUACUACUGAACGAACUGUGGUGCAGUCCUUGGCGCAAUCCCCCGUUGCCACCCACUAGGCAAUGUGUCCCCACCAGUCCUUCCAGCCUGCCCUCUUCACUGUCUCUCAGCUGGAAUAGGCUGUUUCAGUCUUUUUUUCCUUCAUACAGCAGGCAGAUCGCGCACCUGAUCAUAUGGACGACAUUAACGACAUUGAACUGUCUAAUCCCUGUCGUUUUUCAUCUGGACUGGACCAGAAGAGCGCAAUAUACUGAGAUACACGAAACAUCUUCUCUGUGAUAAACGAAAGAAUUAGAGCCUAACUUACCUUCACUGCCACGCUUUUUUCCCCCGAAAGAUUUUGUUUACGGUGUAGAAUAAAGGUUUUGUUGCUCUGCAAAAUGGAGAAAGUGGGAUUUUGGUGCCUGGUGUUAAUCGCUUACUCUUCAGCCGCACCUCGAGCACCUCAGGAGGAGAAAAGCGGACAAAACAAAACUCUAGAAGCUGAGCUUGAAGAUCAGGGUAACGUUUGGAUUGAGCUGCUGGCUGAUUAUGACAAAGAGAGAGGCGCUGACUCUGGCUGUAAAUGUGUUGUCAGAGUCUUGGGCAGGAGCGCGCGCCCUCCGGAGUCCUACAAGGUGCAGAGCGACGCGUCUGGACCCGGCUGCAAGUGCGCAUGCGCAGCAACUCCACAGCCAGCGCAGCCGCCCUGCGAGGAAGGCUUGAGAGAGAAAAAGUUCAAGCAAGCCGCCAGAGAAAAUGACAAGCUCCUGGCAGUAACGGACUUGCUGGAGGAGCUGUUGAAGCUGCUUAAGCUAACACUCACUGCCGAGCUGCUGGAGCGGGUGGCCAACAUCGAGAGGGUAUUAUUUCAAAACCAGACUACUGAGAAGACUAAGGUAGAGAGUGUGCCUCCAGAAGCAGAAAUAAGAGCAGUCCUACCCACGCCCACAACUCCACCAUGGCAGGAGAGCAGAAAGAAAGAGAAUGAGAAGAGUAGUGAAGCUGCAGCUUAUCAGCAUACAGAGAGUAAGUAUGAGGAGAAGUUUGUGGGAGGCCUGUUAAAAAGGACUGGACCUGGACCAGAAGAUGUUAAAGCUUUACAGGAACAAGAACGUCAUGGGAGGCAGCAGCACCCAAAGUUGAUUGUUAGGGGGAUCACAUACUACAAAUCUGACCCGGAGGAUGAGACAGAGGCAGAUGAGAACAUUGGUGAAGAUGAAAGCCACAGUGGUGACGGCUCUGUAGAUCUCUUUACAGAGGAGGAACUUCUUCCUCUCAGUACGCCUUCAUUCAGAUCUGUGACCAGACCUUGGCCAGUUUCAGCUAAACCCAAGAUUCCGACUCAGGAUAGUACAGUGACACAAAGUGUGCACAAGCCUCAGCUGGAAGAAUCUGACUCUUCUCUAUCUGUGAAGAUGAAAAUGCUUAAUAAUUCAGGGCUUGCAUUGGGAAAAAACCUCCAGCCCACCACAGAAAGCUUCACCAAGCUCAGAUCCUUACAGUCCUCAGCGACCACAGAUAAUUUCAGAGCCUUUUGGCCCACAACACACACCACACCUCAAACACCCCCUGGAAUAGAGGAAGAAAGAGAGGAGAAUACCACUUCUCAGAUGAUGCUGAACAUAGAAUCAACUUCAAGUCACUUGAUGAAGUCUAAUUCAGCUUCUUCAGAAAUGACUGGAAACAUCAUACCAAACACAACAGCUGCUAUAAUCAGUCAGUCAGAGGUCUCUAUGAAAACUUUAAAUCAACAAACCCACAACAUUGGAACCAUUUCCAGCGAGACCUUCAGUCAGGCCAUUGAACAAAAUACACUGUCAAGUGCAACACCAUCGGCGUCCACUCAGAGUCAAACUAGUAUUAUUCCAGAAACUUAUUCCAGGACAGUCACAGAUGAGGGAAGCCACAUGAAAACCAGUGCUGGGACGACAGCUACUACCACAGACUCUGGCAAUACAGAAAAAACUAUCAUUCUUACUACAUCACAUGUAAAUGAGAGUGAAAUUGAUUCCAGCACAACUGCAUCAGUAACCACAAACAGACUGGUCAAUAGUACCACUACAACUAUUAUCAAUGCCAAACACAACAAACACAACACACACAGCAUUAGUUUGUUUAGAAAACAGAAAGACCUAAAACAAAAGAUCAUUAAAUCUCUGGAGGCUCAGGAUGUUGAGGACAAACCUAAAAGGCAGCCAGGGGAAUGCAAGGACACAUUGGCCACAAUCGCCGAACCCAUAGCACACAACACAUAUGGUCGUAAUGAAGGUGCCUGGAUGAAAGACCCAAUGGUUGAUGACAACAAGAUCUAUGUUGCUAAUUAUUAUUAUGGAAACAACCUACUGGAGUUUCAGAACAUGGAUGUCUUUAAACAAGGUCGUUGCACCAAGUCCUAUAAGCUGCCCUAUAGCUGGCUGGGCACAGGCCAUGCAGUCUAUGGCGGUGCCUUCUUCUUCAACCGUGCUUUCUCACGUGACAUCAUCAAGUACGACCUCCGGCGGCGAAGUGUGGCUGCCUGGACCAUGUUGCAUGACGCUGCACUGGAGAGUGAUGAGGUUUCAUCAUGGCGAUGGAGAGGCCGCUCGGAUGUGGAGCUGGCUGUAGAUGAAAGUGGCCUCUGGGUGAUCUACGCUGCACUGGAUGACGAGGGCUACCUGCAGGAAGUGAUGGUGCUGAGCCGUCUAAACCCGGAUGACCUGACCACACAACGAGAAACCACAUGGCGGACAGGGCUGAGGCGCGAACGCUAUGGAAAUUGUUUUAUCGUGUGUGGUGUCCUGUAUGCUACUGACCACCAUGGAGAACAGCGGGAGAACAAUCUGAGCUAUGCCUUUGAUACACAUACCAGAACACAAAUGACCCCUCGGCUCCCUUUUGGCAAUAACUCCACUUACAUUGCUCAAAUUGACUAUAACCCCAAAGAAAAGGCACUGUAUACCUGGAACAAUGGCCACCAGAUCACAUAUGAUGUUGUAUUUGCAUACGUAGACCCGCUUUAGAUGGGGAAAGCAGAUCGUUCUAAAGUGUAUUAUAUAUUAUUUGGGGAAAUGUAUUCCUAUAAUAAAAUAUUUGUAUGAAAUGUGGACUGUGGAGCAGUCCACUUAGCAUUUUUGUGAUAUAUUACCCCUCAUAUCUCUCAUUAUGCUGAUGUUUGUACUGGUUAUCUAUAGUCAACCCCCAUCCUGCAAAACCCUGCCUUUAAUAUUAGUAACACCAUUACAAUUAAUAUGUGGUGAUGCGUCUCUGGGAGAGAAUGUCCAUUGCCGAAUAUAGUUAUAUAAUUCCUUUAGAGGAUCUUACAUCACUUCUCCAUAAAGAAAUUUUAAACUGUGUGCGCAUGUGGAAUUCCUUCUUCAAUUAAGACAGUUUUCUUUUGUUUUUUACACGAGUUCAAAACUUUGAUUUAUAUGUUGUUAGAAACUCUGUCUUUGGCUCUAUCUUAGCCUCCUGGCAGAGGCAACCUGGUUCAAGUUGAAAUGUUCAUACUAGUAGAAUACAUGGUGGCAUCAAUAUUCACAGGAACUACCAGCCACAACACAGCCUCAAAGCAUCACUUAUGCAUCUCCAUGUUUUUCAUCCCCAGUGUAGUUCAUAGCCAAAAAGUUUGAGUUUGACCACACACUCACUUUCAUUUGUAGUUUCUGAGGGCUUCUUUAGUGCAACCCUUUCAAACUGUUAUUGUUGAGAUGGCAUCUAAAGGUUUUUCAAACUACUGCAAAAAAUCUAUUGUGCAGUUCAGUACAAUUCUGAACCUUUGCUGUGCAAAUAAAAAAAAAUCCCCCCAUUUAUUUAAAAUAUUAAAUGUAAGUAUUACACUACUUUUUGAGUUUAAUAAUUCUGGAGUUAUAAUACUAUAGAUGGUUUUCAAGAUACUAAUGUAUUGUUUUGCUUAACAGUUCUUAGGGGGGAAAAAACAUGUUAUAAAUUCAAAACACAGAAGAACAGCUCAACCAAAUAUCAAGUUUACAGUGAGGGAAAAUAUAUUACAUGGUUCAGACACUUUUGUUUUAGUUAAAUAGUUAUUUAAGUUAUUCCAGUUCAUCCAAUAUCCAAUUGAAAAUUUACACACAUAAUGUCUGUUUAUUUUGUACAUAAAAAGUAUGUAUUCAUAAAUAUAAACCAAAAUAUGUUUAAAAAGAAAAUUGAUAGGGAAAAAAAGUAUUUGGACACCACAAAUGACCAACAUUAGUACUUUGUUGCAGAGCGGUGUUGGCAAUUACAGCUUUGAGAUGUCUGUAGUAAGAAGUUAUUAGGUUUUUGCAGCAUUGUGGUUGAAUUUUGGCCCAUUCCUCUCAGCAAAACACCUGUUGGACUCGCAAAUUCAAAAUCCUCCAUAGAUUUUCAAUGGGAUUCAAGUCAGAAGACCAUGCAGUGACUUCUUGAGUUAUUCUGGCUGUAUGUCUGGGUUCGUUGUCUUGUUGAAAUGUCCAUCUUCUCCCAAGUUUCAGUUUCAUGGCCGAUGAUAUUAAAUUCUCCACUAAUAUGUCCUGGGAAAUUGUGUUUCACUGUGGACGUGGCGUUCUUCAGAUCCUGCACACAACCCUUCUUUCUCCAAACAUGACGCACUUAAUUAGUGCCAUAUUGCCAAAAAGUUUUAUUUUUGUUUCAUCUGACCAGAGUAUAUUGUCACACAAGAGUUGUGAUUUGUCUUAAUGCUUUUAGAUGUGCAGCUUCUUCUUCUUCUUCUUUUAACAAAGGAAUUGUCCCUGCUGCUGUCAGGUUAUCUUGUAACUGCAAGUGAUUGAUGGCUACUCUCUUACCUUCUUUAUGAUUAGUCUGAGAGUAUGUUAUGAAAUCUUGUAUGGUUCACCUGUCUGGGGAUGAUUAUUUGGAGCUCCAUGAAAUUUCCACCUGUAUAUUAUCGAGCCAAUUGUAGUGAAAGAGAUGUUUAAGGUCUUUACUAUGACUUUGUAGCUUUUUCAUUAAAGCACUGUUUGAUAAUGUUG